GCGGUAAGGGGGCGGCGCGCUGGUGCCCGGGCCUGGCGAGCCCCUCCUCCCCGCGGGCUCCGCGGCGUGUUGGGCGCCGGACGCUGGGCGGCGGGGGCGCCGGGCUGGGGGGAUGUCCGCCUUCUCGGAGGCGGCGCUGGAGAAGAAGCUGUCGGAGCUGAGCAACUCGCAGCAGAGCGUGCAGACGCUGUCGUUGUGGCUGAUCCAUCACCGCAAGCACUCGCGGCCCAUCGUGACCGUGUGGGAGCGGGAGCUGCGCAAGGCCAAACCAAACAGGAAGUUGACAUUUCUUUACCUAGCCAAUGAUGUCAUCCAGAACAGCAAAAGAAAGGGGCCAGAAUUCACAAAAGAUUUUGCACCUGUCAUAGUUGAAGCCUUUAAGCAUGUUUCCAGUGAAACUGAUGAAAAUUGUAAAAAGCAUCUUGGAAGAGUGCUGUCUAUUUGGGAAGAAAGGUCUGUUUAUGAAAAUGAUGUAUUAGAACAACUUAGGCAAGCUCUCUAUGGCGAUAAGAAGUCUAGAAAGCGAUCAUAUGAGCAGAUAAAAGUGGAUGAGAAUGAAAAUUGUUCAGCACUAGGAUCACCAAGUGAACCUCCACAGACUAUAGAUCUCAUUAGAGCCUUACAAGAACUUGAAAAUGCAGCCUCUGGUGAUGCAGCAGUUCAUCAGAGAAUAGCUUCUUUGCCUGUUGAAGUCCAAGAUGUAUCUCUGCUAGACAAAAUAACAGAUAAAGAAUCAGGAGAACAGCUUUCUAAGAUGGUAGAUGAUGCAUGCAUGCUGUUGGCGGAUUACAAUGGUCGAUUGGCAGCAGAAAUAGAUGAUAGGAAGCAACUAACUCGAAUGUUAUCAGAUUUUCUUCGUUGUCAAAAAGAAGCCCUUGCAGAGAAAGAACAUAAGCUGGAAGAAUACAAGCGCAAGUUAGCCAGAGUAUCCCAGGUUCGAAAAGAACUCAGGUCUCGAAUCCAGAACCUGCCAGAUUUGUCUCGGUUGCCCAAUGUCACAGGCAGCCAUGUGCACCUGCCAUUUGCUGGAGACAUCUACAGUGAGGAUUGAUGACAACAGCUUUUUCCAGGGCCUCAGGACUUUGCAAGAGCUGGAGAUAGGUUAAGUGGAUAGUCUUGUAGUAUUAUUUUUGUACAUUGUUGAGAAAGUGACACAACACAGAUAUCCCCAACAAAAUACCAAAAAAAAAAUUAUAAAAAUAUUUAAAAUGUUGGGUUUUUUUCCUAUUUUAUUGGCAAGUUAACAUGACAAUUUAAAAAUUGACAUCCAUGUGUUAAUAUGUUCACAAAAAAGUGAUUAUUUUAAAAAGAUCCUUUUAUAUAUUUUUUGAUCCAGGGCCCUGUGAGAAACUAAAACCUUUCUAUUUUUCUUUAUGUAAUUUUGAAGGUUCCUCUUUAUGUUUCUGCAUUAAUAUGUGAAUGUAACUUCAAUAUCUAAUCACUGUAUGAUAUGUAAUUUCUUCAGAAAAAGAACUAAUCAGGAGGUUGGGACAUUAUACUCAUAUAUUAUAGGGAUUUGAUGAUAAAGAGGACAUAAAGUUGACAGAUUAAGGCUAAGCUUUACCCUGGUCUAUCAACUCCAGUGUCACCUUGUCUGUGCCUCUCAGUACUUUUGACUUGACACACAUGAAAAUGGAAAUCAUUUUGUGAGUCAAACUGAGGAUAUUCACAUUCUUAGGGUAAUAUUAAGUUGACAAGAGAGUAGUUUUUUCUGAACUUACUGGAAACUUAUUUAAUAUUACAAGAAUAUGGAAACAAGUUAAAGUAUCCCAGGAUAGACUUCAGUUUUCACCUUACUCACUGUGUCCCUGAGCACAUUGACGUUUCAUUGAUAGUCAGUGGGACAAUAGAAGAGUCUAAUUUGCUUAUUGCCUAUUAAAAGCAUUACUUUGGUUAUCUUAAUUCACCAACUCUCAAUGUAGAAAAAACAUGGCAUGCUUAAUUGGGUAUAUGCAUUGAGUGUGCCACUACUUAUAAUUACUUGAAUAAACAAACUUGGAAAUGCUUUCUAGGAAUUUGUCAAUUCAAAGAGUUGAUCCCUCAAAUUAUUCUUGAUUCUGGAGCUAAUUUAAUAAGAUAUAAAUCUUUAUUUCUUAUCCAUGGAGAUAAAUCUAUGCUUUAUCUUAGCAUAUACUUAAGUAUACAUAUACUUAAGUAUAGUUGAUCUCAUUAAUGUGAAGAAUCUACAAAAUCAAUUGGACUAUAAAAACACAUUUUGUGACUUUUCCCAACUAUUUUCCCAACUUCCAUUUAUUUUUAGCUCCAAUAUCCAGACAGCACUACAGAUAGAACAUUGUAGAUGAGUUGUAGUGUUCUGUGUAGUCACUUGGAACACUUUUAAUGUCCCCUCAAAGUUUUUGAAUAAAAAGCAGUGCUACAGAUCUGGUAUAUUUUGCAUAUAACCAGAGUUACCAAAACAAAUAUGUUUUUUUCUUUUAUUUGUAACACUGUGUGUUAGAGCUAUUGGAUCCCAUGCUUUCUUUUUAAAGUGCAUUUUUAGCAAUGGGUUUGUACCAGGUAAUAGCCAUUUUAGUAUAAUUGUUCAUGACAUUGUCAAUAAAUGAUGGAAAUUUUUCAUUUUGUGCAUUGCUUUACAGAUUAGACAUUUUCAUUUCUGUUGUAAGUAUAUAUGACCUAGUAUAGACAAUAAAUUAUCAUCUCUUUUUACAUCUUAGAAACCAAAAAGUCUCCAUAGUCUCAGUGUCGUCAGUGUAAAUAUUUAUUUUUUAGUGUUAGUCAUAUUCAUAGAUAGUAUGCAUGUAUAAUAGAAGGGGGAUAUUUAUUUUCUAAGAUUCAACUAUGGAAAAAUAAUAGUAAUGUGAGGAAACUUCAUAAAGUGCAUUCUUGUAAAACCUGAGAAGGAAUUUAGAAUAAUUUCAUCUUUCAUGGCAGUAAAUGUGUGACUAGCAAUUGUACUGGUUUAAUCUGGGCUCUCCUCAACACGUAAAUAUGGGAAGCUCAAUUACAAGUGCCCUGCAUUCCAAAAGUCUGAAAGUUGUUUGUUAGCUCUUCUGUCCAAUCUUAGCAUUUAUAAUACCAGCUGUGUAUAAGGCACUAGAGCUAUAAAAAUAAAAGAGAGAAUAGUCACUGCCUUCCAGGAAUUUAUAUUCUACUGGGAGGAUAUACAAUAUAUGAACAUUUUAAUAAAGCAUUCAAAGAAAGAAGAGGAGAAAAUUAGAUCAAGUGAGAACAUAAGGAAGCACUUCUCACAGGGCAUGGCUCAUGGGUUGGGCCUUGAUGAAAGCAAGGGCAGCAAAUACCAGGAAGGAGUAGGUAUAUUCCAAAUUUUAAGGAUUGCCUUUGUAAAAUUAUCAAAAUGGGAAAUAGGAUAUCAAACUAAGGGAAUAGCAAAUAGGCCAGCUUGACUGGAACACAAAGUGUAUGAAGAGGGCUGUGAAAAAAACCUAGAAAGGUAGGCUGGAAGCUACCAUGUGGUAUUUUGCAUUUUAUUUAGAGGUAAUAGCUUUUGAAGGCUUUUGAGCAGAAAAGUGGUCACAUGUGAAUUUAGGAAAACCAUUUUGGCAGCUAUGUGAAGGAUGGCUAAAAAGAGAAAUCUGAAAUCCAGUUCAGUUAGUAGGAAUAUUACAGUAGUCAAGGUGAAAAGGUGAUGAUUGCCUGAAUUAAGUUGACUUGGUACACAUUUUCCCAUCGAAAUGAUCUUAUAAAUGUUUAGGUUCUUAAGCUAGCCCAUAAAAGCCUGCCUGGAAACUUAAUGUAUUUAACUCCAGUAUAGUUAUACCUGUAGUAUUGUAGAAACCAACUAGAGAACUUUGGCAGGAGAAGAUUCUUCUUAAAAAAAAAGACAAAAUAGCAGUAAUUACUCACUUUUGGAAUUAAGUCAGCCUUUGUAGAGAAGGAAAAAAAAUCAGAGGUUGUAAUGGUCUAAUUCUUUUAAAAUAAUAUAUCAUCCUUUUUUAAUAUUUUUCCAGUCCAGAAAUAUCUUUAAUAUGAAAGAACAUAAAUAUUUUCAUCAAAAUUUGGCUAACAAAGAGGAUUGAAAAGUAUUCUAAGCAAAUUAAUCUUUCUUAAAGAAAUUUCUUAGGUGAAUCUUGCAGACUAUAAGAGUUUGAUGUGCUUUCCCGAUCCUUCAUCUUGUGUAAACAUCAAAGUUUGUAUCUGACCCUAUUUUCAACUUUUUUGAAUUUACUAAAAAAAUAGUGAUUUUGUUCAGAAGAAAUUUUUUCCUUUUAAUAUUUGUGUAUAAAAAUAUUCCAUUCUUUAGUCUGAAUUUAUUGAGGGUUCAGAAAAAAUGUUUUCAUUUGUUCAAAAUGUCCUUUUGGCUUAUGUAUGACUUUUAAUGUUGACAUCUUCUCUUUCAUAUUUUAACAAUAGUGACCUCAUAUUUUUUUAGGAAGAAGAAUAUGAACUUUUGAUUAGCAAUAGUACUAAGGAAUUAAGGACAUCUCCCAUUCUCUUUGCCUUUCCCUACCUUUCUCAGUCCUCAUUGUAUAAUCAUUCUAAUCAUAUAUCUCAGACUGAGAUUCAAGUCUUCAAAUCCCUGUCCUCCACUGCUCAGGACAAAGCAUAUAGAAGACAGUAAGGACUCCUUUUUGGAGACAGUGUUAGGGCACAACAGUGCCUUUUUUCUGAAGAACUGUGGAGUGUCACAUUGGCAGUCUUUUGAUGACUCCAUUCGCCCAAGAAAUAGAGAUUAUUUUGGGGUAAUAUCUGUUACAGAUGAUACUUAAUUCCAAACCACUAAUAAUUAGUAGUCUUCUUGCUAUUUGCCUAAAUAGAAUUUUUAGUGAAUAGACAAUUGAUUCCAAGUUUUAAUUGUUUCUUUCUACCCUACCAUAUAGCCAUCUCUUAAUUUUGCCUAGUCUUUCAAAAAACAAUUAUCCAAAAAAAAUUGUAGAACAUCAAGUUUUAUGAUUUGAGUUGAUACCCUUCAAUGUUUUGGGGAAGGAAAUUGUAGCGAGUGAGUAGGUUCAUUCUGGUAGAUAUCUAGUUGCCCCUAUCUGCUGGGGGAGGGGGAAAAAUAAAAAUACCACCUGGGUCUGGAAGAGAAUAAGAGAAUGUUAGCCUGGUUCUGCCAUAAUACCUUACAAUUCAGGCAAAGCUCUUUAAGCUGGUACUGAGGAAUCAUUUUAUACUUCCUCCUCACGCGUUCCCCUGAUGUCUCCCUUCCUCAAUAUAAUCUCACAUUCUGGAAGAGGGGUCUUGGAGGAGAAGGCAGUUCUUUUAAGAAAUUAAUCAGAACCCAACAGCAAGCUUUGACUUUAUCACUUGGACUCCUCUUUUUACAGAGAUACUAGGCUUCACUUUUGUGGUCAAGUUUCCUUUAGCAGCCUUUGCAUGGGAAAAAAAAAUUGUAAGCUCUGAUUGGCUAGUUCUUUGGAAAAUCCAAAAAGGAUUAUUAUUUUAAGUCAAAAAUAUCAUUAGGAUGAAAGAACAUACAAUAAAAGGACCUCUUUUGAUAAGUGAUUAUACAGAGCCUACAGAUGAAGCUCUCUAAUGCUUUGGUAAAUCGUAUUAUAAGAGGCUCAUUUUAACUGCUUCAUAUGUCAGAAUUGCUACAUUAGAUCCAAACCUUGUUAAAAUGGAAGUCUAUUGCUAUAGUGGACAGACAUAAAUUAAUUAUUGGUUUAAAAUACAUUUACAUAAAAUGAAAUGUUUGACAUGCAAUGUUUUAAGCCAAUAACAAACUAUGUGGUGUUUGGGGGAAAAAAAGGAUGUUUUGCCUAUUCUAAGCAAUAACAUCUGAACAUGAAUUUUCUGCCUUUACUUUUUGUCUGCCUAUGACUGUCUGUCAUAACUUCAUUUCAAUGCAAUAUACAAUGUUGUUAAUAAAAUUACAACUUUUUAAAAAAAUAAACGUGCUGGUGACUUGAGGAAAAGUCUUAAAAGUUGGGAUGUGGGUUUUGUGUUUGUGUUUUUGUAGGGUUAGUGGUGCUGGAGGGCAGUUGGUACUCAAGGUUUUCCAAAGAAUCAUUCUUGAGUGGCUCUGAAAAAGACUACAGAUAUAGUUAAGCACAUGAGUGGCUUUUUAACCCAUCUUAAUUAUUCUGGGUUUAUGCAUAAUAAUGAUGGUCACUGCUAGUUGUUUAAGUAACUUUCAGUCUCUUAGGCAAUAGUAAAAUGCAAUGUCUGUGCCCAUCCCAACCCUGCCUUCUCUUAUCCUAUGUUGUUUUCUUAUACUAAUGGUAAAUCCACAAAUGAUGACGUUUUAGUUAGACAUUCUCCAUCUUUUCUUCUGGGAAAUUUCUUUGUGGAAGGAACCAUGUCUUAUACUUCCUUUUCCUUGUAUAGCAUCUAACACAGUGUUAGGAACAUAGUAGGUCAACAAAAAAAAAGUUGACCAUUUAGCUUGGAACCUGGUUUCUCCUACCCUGGAUUGGAGACAUCUUUCAUUUAUCGGAUUCAAAGCUACUCUGUGGGUUGUUAAGAGAUCAGUGUGAUGAACCCUUAAAUGCAGAGUUUUGGAUUUAUGUACAUCUGAUGGAAAUUUUACAAACCUGUUUUUUAUCUAUUCAUUUGAUCUAAUCCAGCAGUCUCAAACCCCAUUUCAUAUUUUCUCUGCAAAAUGAUUCAUAGUACUUCACUGUCAUCUGCAAGAAGUAGAAGUACCCAUACUCUCAAUAUCUUUCUCUUUAUAUGUAUUUACAUAUAUAUUUCUGUGCCCAUGCCUCAAAUCACCAUAUGCUUUGGGAAAACAAAAUUGUACUAAAAUUAAACAUUGCAAUCACUCAAAUGUUACAAUAUAGUACAUAGUAUGCCAAAACGGCAACAUCUUUUUACUAUCUGGUAAGUGGACAGUAAUGUUUCAUUCAAAAGACUGUUGUAUCCACAUAGCAAAGUAGUGACCUAAAAAUGUCCUCAGUUUUUAAAGAUGCUCAGUAUCUGCUAUAGUGGUUCAUAUAUCUUGUUUAACUUGUAUAUUUUUUCUAGACAUACAACUACGUACCUCAAAGAAAUCUCUUUAUGUAAGGGAGAUCUAUAUUGACACAGAGGAAAUACAAAUUUAAUACUUCUUAAGUAAGAAGUUUCAUAUCUCUCCUUGGGCCAAAUCUCUUCUCUCCAGGACAUCCAGAAGAGAUCUUGUAUUGUACCUAACCCAUCUUUGACUCUCUUCAUUUUUGCAGUCCUUUACUCCCCCUUUUCCUAGGAUAGGAAUGUGAUUAGAUUUCGCUUUGUAAUAGUCAUGAUAACACCAUCCUUGGUAGUAGGGAAGGGGCUGGCUCAGGGACACGGAAUUACUAACUGAUCAAGGUCCUACAACCUGGGUUUGUUGUCUCCUUCCCUCACCCCAUUUUCUAUUCCCCACAUUUGUAAUAGUCUCCCUGUACUCAUUAUCAGUUACACUUGAAAAAGUUUUAGCCACAAUAAAUAGCUAAAUCCCAAAGUGGCUUUGUCCCCAAUUCCUGCCCUCAAAUUCUAUAUUUUUCUAUGUUUUGGAAUUUCUCUUAUAGAUUGACUGCUGAGUGGGGUGUAAUGGUGUGGUGGGGAAUAGGAGUGUGGGGUGAAGCAGGGAUGGACUUGCUAAUGAGGGUCCAGUCCUAGGAAUUAAAAAUGAGUUUUAGAACUACACAUAUUUCUGAAUGUGAUCUAUUGGUCAAAAUAUAGAAAAUGAGAGUCUUUAAUGACAAUCAAGUGCUUGUUAACUAAAUUUUCAUUAUUGAAAAUCACAGAUUUAAUCCUUCAUUAUCAAAGGCCAUCCCUGCAAAUGUUUUUGAUCAUGCUUAUUGUCAUUUUUCCUAUGAUACUAUUUCAUUUAGUCAUAUGUAUUGAACUGACACUUGCAUUUCACUUAGAGAAGUAUAAAUUUGGAGAUGAAAGGUUUUUUUUAAAAAGGGUUUUUAAAGUACAUUUAAAACAGGUGUUAUUUUCUUGUUUUCCUAACUUGUUAAUAUUUUAAAAUGCAAUGACACUGCUCUCCACAUUAUAGUUAGAUAUGCCAGCUCAGUAUUCAAAGGGUCUGUUUAUUUCCUCUCAGUUGCUUUGUUUGUGAUCAAGAUAUGCUCUGGUCGAGUGAGCAGUAAUUUUGGCCAAACUGUUGUCUUAGACCGAUAUGCUUUCUGGGACUCAUCUAAGGUCACUGAGGGCUUUGUGCCAACAUCCUUGUGGCAUUUGUACAAAAAGAUCUUAUGUGUCUUUUUCCAUUUAAGAGAGAGUAGAUUUCCAUCUUUUAAAUGAGAGAGGAACUUUACUCUCUUCCAACGGAAUCUAGCUGCUGCUCUUUUCCUUUCUGUUUAAUAUAAGUGCAGGGUAGCUCAAAAGUCUUUGAAAAAUUAUUAUGCGUUAAAGAGUUAAAAACUGUCCUCACAUGUAAUAGUUCCCUAACAGUUAUAAAACUUUACAACAGAAUUUUGUUAACUGAUUCUUGGAUUUAUAAAUAUUGGAGUUUUUAGCAAAAAAAAAAAAAAAAAAAAAUUCUUCCUCUUCCCCAGAAGGCCAUAAUUAUUCCAGAGCAAAUUAUUUAAAAAUAACAUUGGAAAAUAAACUUGACUUGGUUUGUAAAUGAGAAGAUUAAAAGUAUUUUCACCACACAAUUUUUAAAAGCUGGUAUGUAAUUUAUAUUAGGUUUAACAUUAUAUUGUAUAGUUUUCCUCCAGUGCCUCAUCAUGGUGGAACUGGUCCUGGGCUGUUGAAGGCUAAGUCAAUGGUUCAGAAGCUUCCACCAAACUAGAAAGGCUCUCAGUACUUCUCUGGUGAUAGACUGCCAUCCAAGGGCCAAGCUAGCUAUGUGCAGAAGGGCCCAUCAGUAAAUGAAGGAUUAAGUUGGUGACUUUGGAUAAUUAAAAUUAAGCUAACAAGAACUUAAUUGUCACUGUCUAAAUGUCUGUCAGGUGUUGAAUUUUGGUUAAAAAAAAUUCAUGAUGUACUAAGGCAUGAAAAGGGUGCAGUGUGCCCUGUUGGAGGUUGUGUACCCUCAUCACUGGAAUCAGGAGUAUUUCAAGUGAUUUAAAUUAUUAUUGAAUAAGACAGUUUUUAAAAGAAGAAGUAUCAGGUUUAUAUGUUUUAUGUUUCUGGCUUUACCUGAUGGCACUCCUAUUUUAGAGAACAUAAAACAAAAACAAAUGACAGACAAUGCCCUUGUAAUGAUUUAUUAUAAUCUAAAAAUCUUAAUGGGAUCAAAGAAGAUGAAGUGGUUUCUAAGAGCUUGUUUUCUAUUGCUAUAGAAAUUAUAUGGUUAUUAGUAGAAGUGUUUUUAUCGGUUUUAAUUUGUUUUUAACCAAGAGAAAUUUUUCUCCAAUUUUUAAUAGAAAAAAAUUGUAACUUUAUUUUGAGAUGAGUAAUCAAAUUAUGAGCAUCUUUUAACAAUGACUCUUCAUCCUCAUUGUGAUGGUUUUUGGAUUUUGGUAUAAUUUUGACCUUUAUUACAAUAAUUCCCUCCUUACCGCAUGGUUUUUAGGUUGCACUCUGUACAGAAAUAAUGGAGCACUUUGUAACUUCUUUGUAACAAAUUUUAUUUGUUUCAAGUUGUUAAAAAAGGAGACACACUAUUAAAAAUGUACAGACUAUUGUUUCAU